AUGCUGACGUUCUCGCUCACGGACUGGCGGGCAGGCGUCUCAGGAGACAGUCAACUAGAUCAAUACAGCCAAAGCAGCUACUUGUUGACUCAAACAGACGGAGCGAUGAUAUCUCUCGAGUUUUACGGCAACUCUGUGCAGAUCUUUGGCUCCAAGCGCUCGUACCAUGGUUUGUACAUGGUUCAACUCGACAAGAACCCCUUUCAAAUCUUCAAUGGCAUUUCGGAUACGGAACUUUUCCAGCAAUCUUUAUUCAGCGCGUACAUAACUUUAGGAGAUCACGAGAUUCGGAUAUCGAAUCAAAACAACACAUUUACAGAUGUAAACUACAUUGAAUUUCAAACCAGUGUCGGGGCUGUAGAUGAGACGCUCAUUGUGAACACGUUUCAAGAUGGACAUUCUUCCUUUAAUUAUUCGCCUCCCACGUCUUGGAGAACUCCACAAAAUGAAGCACUGGACAGUGAGUUCAAACUUGUUGAUAUCGUCAAUCCCACAAGUAUCAACCUGACCAAUCGCAGUGCAACUACAGACCCAUUGGCAUCUGCUAACUUCACAUUUACAGGUAAGCGCCCAUGA